GGUAACGCCAUUAAAUGACCAGUAGGCCACCGUCGGAUCAUUUUGAGUAGGUUUGUGACGUUUUCUUAGACAUAAUAAAGAUUGUUUUGGGUGACAACAUUUUGUUUGGUCGCCUUUUUUUUGGGUCUUUUCUUAUUUACUGUACUUGUGGUCGUGGUUGCGUUUUUAACUGAGCUAAAUCGUGUUUCUUUUUUGUUUUUUGUGGCCGUUACGUCUUGUCGUUUGGAAGCUCGUUAGCUUGUGCCACUUCAGGUGUCUCUGGAAGUUACUAAGCCUGAAAGUUAACGACACUUGCCUCCGUUUUACCAGCGCUUCCUCUUUUACUUUAACCACAUGCUGAUACUUCACUUCGUGCAGCAGCGAUUCGCACACACUAGCUGAACAGCUCAUGAUCAGAGACACAUCAUCAUUUUCACGUCCUGCCAGGAGUUUUUAAAAACCUCUGCAUCCCUGUCAGCUAUUUUUAACAGUAUACCACCGGAGGACCACUUCAGGAUCAGUCAGAUCAGUAUAAUCCCAGAUGAUUAGCAGGGAUUGAUCAAUAGCACUAACUGGAGUGUGUGAUUAAUGGAUUACCGUGGCUUGAUGGAGUCACUGGCUAAGUAGUUUCGACUGUUUUCUAAAUCAUACUUUGAGGGUGUGUCUGGGUCACUGCUACUAUUACGGCAUGCAGGAUGGGCCAAACUCGCUCUGCUCUAUCGCACAGCACUGCCACCCGAGGCAGAGCGAAAUGGAAAGCGGGCGAGACAGCCCGUCGACUUCGUAUCCGCAGACCUGGGAGCGGAGAAAAAGCGAAAAGUGACCAGUUAAACAGAAAUCCGAUGAAAAAUAAAGUGCUGUCGUAUUUGGGAAGGAGAAAGCGAGACUCUAGUCAGGGGGAAGCGGAUUUGGGUGGCGGAAACGCAGCUGGAGAUCCAGCAACGCGCCGCGGCCACAGAGUAGGAAAGUUGCCGAGGGACGAGGUCGUGUCGGCGGUUGGGGAACAGCGAGCAGCCGCGGGUUGUUUUGACACGCCAUCCGGCCUAGAUGGAAAUACUGAACCGACACAGCACGUCGUGAACCGUGAAGCAACCGCUGGUUCAUCCGAUGCACCAGGCUUGGAAAGUAAGAGCUGUGAAGUCAGCGGCGCGGGCUGCGAGGAGCCGAAACCCGUGCGAAAGAACAAUGCCUCGGAUCCCCAGACGAGGGCCAUGGAAGAUAAGCCACUGGGGGGAAGCAACCACGAUCCCAUUGUGUCUCAGGAUCAACUAUUAACUGGAAAUAGCACGCGUUCAUCCAACUCACCCCCUCUGAAGACCUCUGACCCAGACACUGAGGGGAUUUUGUCUAGUUUGGCCUCGGAUCAACUUUUGGACUGUGGACUUUCGAUUAGGGAAGAUCAAGCCGAGGCUACAAUGACAAAAACCGACUGUAGCACCGUUUCAUGCACACCCAAAGCGACCUGCAAACUGAACAACAGCUGCCCGGUUGAAACAAAGAGUCAAACGGACUCUGAUCAGACCAGCCAGAGUCCACCAGGAGGCCAAAGUUUCCCAGGAACCAUACCCAAGCUCAUCAUAACCAGAGACCCCAGUCCGAACCGCUCACAGGUCGCAUCGAACCUGCUGAGAACGGAGCCCAACACCGGCUGUCUGGAGCCUCAACCGGACGACGAGUCCCCCUGCUCGGACAGCGGCUGCGGAGGGUCUCCCGCUCUGAUGCGGUCCCCCAGGAAGCUGUCCAACUCUUCUUCCAUCGGCCUGUCCUCCGCCUCGUCCUUCGAGGAGUCCGAGGACGACUUCACAGGCAGCGACAUCGAGUCCAGCCGGUCUCUGUGCAGCCCGGAGGAUGGGACGGGGAGUAAGUCCUGGCACAAGCUGAAGACCAUGGUUCACUGGUCCCCCUUUGUCGUGUCCUUCAAGAAGCGUUACCCAUGGGUGCAGCUUGCUGGCCAUGCAGGUAACUUCCAGGCUGGGGAGUAUGGGCGUUUGUUGAAGCGAUACUGCGAGUGUGAGCAGCAGUGCCUGCAGAAGCUAAUGACGGACUCUCUGCGCCCCUACGUGCCCGGAUAUUACGGCGUAGUACAAAAAGACGACCACGACUACAACCUGAUGGAUGACCUGCUGGCUGACUUUGACUCGCCCUCCAUCAUGGACUGCAAAAUGGGCAGCAGGACUUACUUGGAGGAGGAGCUGACAAAAGCCAGGGAGCGUCCACGUUUGAGGAAGGAUAUGUACGACAAAAUGAUUGCCGUGGACCCCGGGGCUCCAACAGAGGAGGAACGGGCCAAGCAGGGUGUCCUCAAACCGCGGUACAUGCAGUGGAGGGAGACGCUUAGCUCCACCGCCACCCUGGGCUUCCGGAUCGAAGGCAUUAAGAGAGCUGAUGGAACUUGCAACACCAACUUUAAGAAGACAAAACACAGAGAGCAAGUGAUGCAGGCCUUGGAGGACUUUGUCGAUGGCAACACUCAGAUUCUGAAACUCUACCUGCAGCGGUUGGAGGAACUACGCUCAGCCCUGGAGCAGUCACAGUUCUUCAGGACACACGAGGUUGUGGGCAGCUCUCUUCUGUUUGUGCACGACGCCUCAGGAAAAGCGAAAGUCUGGAUGAUCGACUUUGGAAAAACGGUCCCCUUGCAGACACCUCAAACUCUCGACCACAGGACUCCCUGGGUGGAGGGCAACAGGGAGGACGGCUACCUGUGGGGACUGGACAACCUCAUAGACAUCUUCAGCACCAUGCUCCCGGAGACUCCUUGAGCGAGACACGGGACUGCAGUAAGAGACUGAUGGGAUGUUGAAGAAGAUUAUACAAACUAAGAGUGACAGAGGAAUGGCUAACAGAGGGCCACCACUUCAGUUACUCCUUUCAGGGCUCACACCAAGUGACUUUAUCAACUUGAACCAGUGUGAGAAGGGCGGGCGAAGUGGAAUAUGCCAAAAGGUUAACGUUAUGCAUUAUGUGGAAUAAGGGGGCAGAUGGCACGAGCUGUUAAAUUUAAAGCACAAUUGUAACUUUGUUUUGUUUUACUUGGGCUGUGGUUUAUUUUCUGAGAGUACAGUCCUCUGCACUCAUGGACUUCUAGCAGUGACUUUUUAUUGCAGAGACUCAUCUCGCUCCUCUUCACAGCUCCGUCUGUUGGCGAGAGGUGGCCAGAGCAGCCACCUCCUCAGCCGUGAUCUUGACCAACAGGAGCGUGUUUUUGUUUUUGUUGUUUGUUUGUUUUUGUUUUUGUUUUUUUAAACGAGCCUCUGAGGAGUGUUGGAUUUUUGUUUUUUGUUUUUUUAUCAUGGACCACUUUUGAUGACUAAGUAUACAGCAACACUAAAAACAGUGGUCAGACCACGUGUUAACUAACUCAGCAUGUAAAUACAGUUUAAUUUAACUUUGUUUUGUUUUUUCCUGCCUUGGUAUAGCCUUCUUACUGUGUUUGUAUGAUUUCUGUGCCUGGCUUUUUAAAAAAGAAACUGAGCUAUCUGAUCAUUCCAGUUGCAGUGGACUCGUGCUAUUUUACUUCCAAAAGAGUUCACCCAAGUAUGAAUCGAUUUACAUCGAAAUCCCACCGUUUUAACUUUUCUUAGAAACAGAAACAGUUUUUUUCUUAAUUGGACUUUUGUAUGAAAAUGCAGUGAUUUUUAGUAAGAAGCUCGACAGCCUUGUUUGUCUGAAGUUUGUUGCACUAUGGAUUCUCACAAAGCCAUUGAACAAAACAUGUCUGUGCGUGUCCAGCAGAGGUUUAAGUAUUGGGUUUACUGUUCAACGUAAAUAUUUCUGCCUGUUAUCUCGAUUUGUGUUGCUUUAGUCUGUGAAACUGGAAUUACCCGAUUAAUCUGAUCAGUUCGUGUGGGCUCUGACUUACACACAAACUCAAAACCAAAAAAAAAAUAAAAAUAAAAUCUGUGUAUGAGCGAUGACAGGUGUCUUGAGUAAAACAGAGGUUAAAGGACACCGCUGUAAACAUAAUUAAGCUAGGAUAGACGGGAGGAAUGUGGGUUUUUACAUUUUUGUAUGCAACAUUGAAAGUUUACAAAGAAGCAACACUGUUAUACGUGCAGGCCGUGCUUGUGAGCAUGUGCAUCAGAUCCCGACGGGAAUGUGACGCAUUGGUGAACGUCAAGUGUCCAGUCUUCCUUUGACAGUGUCAGGCAGCACUGUUUGGGUGGGUGUGGGUGUGUGGUUUACUCGGCACGCACAUUUCCCACAUAAGUGCUGUGAACGCGUGACUUAACAAGAUUGGAAUUCAAAUUCAGGAGUUUAGAUUUUUCAUCUCCGAAGGGUAAACAUGGCAGGAGAGACAGAUAGUAUAGUGUUUACAAAGUGUUAAAAACCUUUGCCCAGAAAGUCUCUAUAUUUGUAAAAUGUCAAACUAUCAGGUUUUCAAAGAGGGUGCUGCUUUGUAAGCAAGAAAACUGGAUUCGUGACCACAUUUUGUAUUUCAAAGGCAGCGCUUUUCACAGAAAGAACAGACGGACUGAUUGACUGUUUAUAAACCUCUGCUUUGUCCAGAAGGUCGUGGAUUACAAUAAAAUGAAAGUGGAGAGUUUUCAGAGUUUUGGGGGAUUUUUAUUGUAAUUUUUUUUCAGUUCUUUGUGCAAACACACACACACCAAACCAUAUAAUUUUGUAAAAGAGCGCUGAAUCAAGAUGAUCUAACAUUUAAUUAAUUUAACACUACUGUAAGAAUAUGUCCUGUUCAGUCAGCUGUGACCUUUUAUCACAAGUUUCUAAAUAAAACCAGAUGAAUCA